UGGCUCUGUCCCUCGUGAGCCUGUGCUGCUGUCCGACCGCCUCCCUCUGUUCGCACGUGUGGGUCAUGAUGUGUCCCCUGUACCUCCCUGCCCGCCAGCUCUCUGCUGAAGAAGGUCCUCGGCCCUCUGAUCCAGCUACUGCGUCAAGAAGCUGCACUCCCGCCUGAGUCCAGCCGCUUUCCUGUUUGGAACUAGCUUGAAUGUGUUUGUGUCUGAUGCCUCCUGCUCUGAGCCCAGGCCAGGAAGAAUUUCUGGGUCCCCUGCCCUGGGCCCUGACUGCUGUGGAAAGGCAGAGUGGGAAAAGCCCGCGUGAGCCGACUCUGUCCAGCCCAGGAAUGCCGUGGUCAGAACGGCCUCCCAGGCAGGAGGGAAGCCCAACAAGCAGGCUUUGUUCCCUGCCUGCCAGACCGACCGACAGAGCAAUUUAACUUUUCCUUUGACCAGCAGUGGGAGCUGCUGGGCCCCAAGAUGAAAAGGACAUGGAGGCAGCGGGAGGCUCCAAAUGGAGUUGCCCUCCACCAGCUCAGCACCCUCCUUCAGGGGCUGCACCUCGGACACCCCAGGACGGGCCAGGCUGGCCUGCGGGCACUGCCCAUGAACACGGCCACCCCACAGCUGCUCCUGGAAGGGGGAGCCCCAGAGCCCCAGGGCCGCACUCGCCGCUGCCUGUCAGCCCUCGAGUCCACAAGACAGCUGGAGGAGGAGGAAGAGGAAGAGGAGGAGGAAGAGGAGAGGGAGGAGCACCAGAAAGACAGGAAUGGCUUCCAUGCUGUACCCCUCCGAAGGGCAGGGGCUUUCCGGGCCCACAGCCACACCCACACCCACGACCCCUUCAAGAGACAUAGCUGGGGGCCUGACAGGGAGUUCCAGGACCCACUGAGCAGAAAAGCUGGGGGCAGCGCCGACCCUGCCGAGAGCGUCCAACCUUCCCCGGAGGGCCAGGGCCGGGUGCGCAUGAGCCCGGACCAGGCAGGGGUCGCCUGGGCCCCGGAUCCCGACCCCAGCCUGGGUACUGGGAGAGGCACAGGCACAGGCCCCGCCAGCUCCUGCCUCGCCAUCGAGUCCGGGCCUCGGCAGUAA